AUGACUGACGAGGGAAGAAGUGUUGAAAGAACUAUGUCCCGUCUGCUCUGCUUAGCACUUUUUCUUUGCCUGCUCCCCUUUGCUGUCUCACUGUUCUGUUACACCUGUGUGUUCCCUGCUAUCUCUCCACUGGACUGCAUUAAGUUUCCACAGAAAUGCCCUCCAGGCCACCUCUGUCUCUCUAGCACAGCUGUUGGCACCCGAGGAGAUUUCCGUGUGGUCCUAUAUGAAAAAAGCUGUGUUCUCUCCGCCCUCUGCGGUCUCACUGGAGAGAAAUACACCAUGGGCAUAAACUUCACCUUCAGCAAUGACUGCUGCGACACUAACCUUUGCAACGGGGCCACCACCACUGCUGCCUUCCACUGGACUGGCACUCUCCUCUGUCUUCCCUUCUUGUUCUCUGUUGUACUGUGGUGA